GCCACGAAUCCCGCGCCUAGCAUCGAGCCUCGUAGUUAAGAAGUGUCCCCACCACGCUAAGAACCAGAAGCGUUUUCUCCCGAGGAACAGAGCAGGGUACCUAAAAACCGGAAGUGCAGCGUUCCUGUUCGAAAAUCCCGAGAGGAAACGCUUGCAAAGGCUGCCGGGAGGCGUGGUUUUUAAGCGAGAACAGCUCUUCAUUUGGAGUGAGUGCGCUUGCGCUGCAUCGGUCCUCUCAGGUCUGGAACAUGGCCGCGCGGUCGCUGUGGGCGGUCCGGCGGCUGUUACAGCGCCUACUGGCUUCCAGUACCUCGUCUGAGGGCAGGGGAUGGCUGCACCCAUUUAGCACUGCCACCCAGAGAACUGCAGGUGAGGAUUGCGGUUCUGAGGACCCUCCUGAUGAGCUUGGGCCCUCUCUUGCUGAACGAGCCUUAAAGUUAAAAGCUGUUAAACUAGAGAAAGAAGUCCAGGAUUUAACACUGAGAUAUCAGAGAGCUGUAGCUGAUUGUGAAAACAUCAGGAGACGAACCCAGAGAUGUGUGGAAGAUGCCAAGAUAUUUGGAAUCCAAAGUUUUUGUAAGGACUUGGUGGAGGUGGCAGACAUUUUGGAGAAGACUACUGAGUGUAUUUCCGAAGAAACAAAGGCUGGGGACCAGAAGCUCACUCUGGAGAAAGUCUUCCGAGGGUUGUCACUUCUGGAAGCAAAGCUGAAAAGUGUAUUUGCCAAGCAUGGUCUGGAGAAGAUGGCACCCAUUGGUGACAAAUACGAUCCCCAUGAGCAUGAACUCAUCUGUCAUGUGCCAGCUGGCGUUGGGGUGCAGCCUGGCACUGUGGCGUUAGUAAGGCAAGAUGGCUACAAACUUCAUGGCCGCACCAUUAGACUUGCCCAGGUGGAAGUGGCAGUGGAGUCUCAGAAGAGACUAUGAACAGACCAACAGGAACAGAAUAUUCUCCCAGGGUGCAGUCACCUGUGUUUCCUUUAUUUAUUAACCUAGGUUUGUAUUGUACAUGAGGUACUUCAUGUGAUGUUUUGGAUAUAGUCAUAUUGGCUUUAUUUCUAAGAUAUUUCUGUUGAUUUUAUGUGACCCGUUUGGUCUCAUCAGAAGUCUUUACCAUCAGGCAUUUGAACAAUGAGACAAAUGUUCCUAUGGCCUUUAUCAAAAUAUGUUUACAAAAAUUAUUUUUAAAUUGGUACUCUGAUUGACUUUGAAUCCAAAAUUCUCUUAACUAUGUUUCUUCAGCUAAUCAUUGAAAUUAGUACAAUAUCAUGUAUUUGUGGAAAAAGACAGUAGAGAUUGAGUCAACAUGUGGGUACUUAGAUGAUAAAGCUUUACACUUAUAUAAAAAUUUAGAUCACGUGGGUUGAUUUUUAUAUACGUGGAUUUUCAGGACUUCCUUUCUUGUUUUAUUAUUUUUCAUUUAACCAUCCUUUGUGGUACCUGCUAGGCUUUGUACUCACAUCAUUAUUCCAUACUCACCCCUUUCCAGCUCCAAUUGGAAGGGCAGAAAGGUCAGGCUAGACUUGGAACCAGAGAGCAUCAAGCAAUUUGAGAUACCUCCCUUUUCAGCAGAGAAUUAUUUUCAGCCUUUCUAAAUAUAUCAUAAUUUCGGGCACACUGAAACAGCACCGACAGCUAAUGACUCAAAUGAGUCUGUAUAGGUAAUUAUCUACAGCUGCUCGUUCCACCUGCCCUGACUACACUUUUGUCAAAUUUGCUUUGGAAUACUAUACUUAAUUGGAUUAUGAAAGGACGGUGAUCUGGACAAAAACAUUAGGUUUCCACAGUUUCUCAUUUCAUUCAGUUCUCUAUGUUUUGGGUUUUGUGUGUUUGUUUAAUUGGUACUCACAAAUCACUACCUCUCUUACACUGACAACCUUUAUUUUUUCAUUUUUGUGGUGCUUGGAAUCAAACCCAGGGUCUUAAGCAUGCUGUGCUCCUGAGUUAUUUCUCUAGCCCUGUCACUUUAUUUCCUAGGAUUUAUAUCCAUCAAAACUUACAUUUGUGUAAACAUCUAGUUCCUCUUUUAUGCAUUAACCUCCUGAACAUAGUAGACCUGUGUAUCUUUUUCAGUCUUUGUAGCUAGUGUUGUGUAAAAGCUGUGUCCAAGAAAUGACUAAGUGAAUGAAUAAUACAUCAGUCAGAUGUUAGAAGUCUUGGAGAUAUUUUAAUUUUAGAAGAGGCCUUAAUCUAAUUCUAUCCUUUCUGUUUCUUCUGAGUUAUGAGUAUUUACUCUAUUUAGGACUGGACUCAAAGGAGAAAAUCUCAAUAAUAAUUUUAAUAUGGAACACGUAGACAUUAUGUUCAAUAAUUUAAGAUUAAUAUUCAUGCAAAUAUGUCCCCAGCAGACAAUUAGUUGUUGGAUGUACAGUGUAAAUUCAUUGCCACAAAGUCCACUUCCUCUGGAACUCCAAAACCCUAUAGGGAAGCAAAACUGGCUUCCUUUCACCCUUCUAAGUUUCCUUGACUACGCUGUGAAUUAAACUGACAUAAGAUGGAGAAAAAACAUACUUCAUUAUUAUAUAUGUAUGCAUGUGAGACUCAAAGAAGGGCCAGAUAGUUGAGUCUUAUAUGGCCUCCUGAACUAUAAACUGGUCUCCUACAGUCAUAUUUUGGAGUGGUUAGUUAUCCUCUUCGACAGUAGAGAUAAAUAUACUACACAGACAUGUAACAAUAAAGCCAUCCUCUAAAUAUUACCGUCUCCAUCAGAUUUUCAAAAAGCACAUGGAGACUGGGGAUGGUAUAACUCAGUGUAUAGAGCAGGGGUGGGGGGACAUGGACAAGGAAACAUGCACUCUUAAAAUGGAACCAAAAGAUUUUUUUGGAAUUCCUCUAAAUGCAUACUGUAAAUUUAAUGAAUAAUCAAAUUUACAUUAGGAAUUAGUCCUUUUUUGCCUUAAUUCCUGUCAUAUUGCCAGAUGGUGACAAUAAGAAAAGGAGCCAAUUAGCCAUGUGGGUUUGAGGAUCACUAGCAAUCAUAUCAAUGAACUGGAAUUAGCCAUAAUUUUAUGUAUGAAAUGUUCUGAUUACCUAAAGAGUUUUUUACCUCCUGUUUUUGCAAGUAGAUUGAGAAUAAUUUUUAGGUUCUUUUGUUAUUCAGUAAUUUUGCAAACUUAAAGUGUGUGUUUAGAACUAGAAGAUAAAGCUGUAAUAGUAAAAAUGUCAAAUUGGAGGGCUUCAGGGAGCCAGAGCAGUAUAAUAGAGAUAAGGCUUGUUAGGCAUAGAUUUGUAAAUAAAUUUCAGCUCUGUCACCUGUGUAACUUUGGUCAACAGUCA